UGGUUUUCGAAUUUAUUGCCCGUCAUCGGAUCAAUAGGUGUUUAGGGUCUCCGAUGUGAUUUUUUUAAAAUAAGAAAUUACUGAAGAACACACGUUCCAAUGUUGGCUGUGGGUGACUCGCCGCUUCUUGUUUGGAAUAUACUCCUGCCUUCCGCCGAUUUCGUGUCGUUUUGAUUAUGGAAACGUGUUCUUUGAGUCACGUAGUCCUAGCCCGUCUUUCUCUUGUGGUCCUCUUGAUCGUUCUGAGGCCCAUCAAUGCGUGGACAUACACCUCCAGCAGCAACGAUAUGGAUAGGACACUGGUAACGAGGGGAUACUUUUCUCCCAGCGUUACGAACUCUGAAGAAAUAACUGCCUUACCAAAAUACUUGUUUACUACUUCGGGAACUUCUAAAGACUUUAGGGAGGUAUCAUCACCAUCAACUGGAACAGAACAAUCCCACCGAGUCCGGCAUUCUGAGGACAGUGAGACCCGGACAUUGAGUGAAGACAAAUUAGCCACUGAACAAAACGCGCAUCUCUCCACGGUCUCAACCCGCGGGGCAUCAGAAGGAACCCUUAGUUUGUCGAAAGAGCAGAUGAGCUCUACAAUUGUAGUGUCCACAGAGGCUACGACACAUUGGGAGGACCAGACCAGACUAGCACCAGACCAUCUACUAGAGACCUACCCUGGGCUUCGAGUGGACCUCAGGUCUGUGUCUGUGACACAAGCCAGACUGCCUCAGGACAGCCCUGAUGCUGACAGCAGUCUCAGGCAGGACCAGUUGACGAACCGAGGCACCGUGGGUCUCAGAAAGGACCAGUUGACGAACCGAGGCACCGUGGGUCUCGGAGAGGACCAGUCGGCGAACCGAGGCACCGCGGGACUCGGAGAGGACCAGUUGACGAACCGAGGCACCGUGGGUCUCAGAAAGGACCAGUCGGCGAACCGAGGCACCGCGGGUCUCGGAGAGGACCAGUCGACGAACCGAGGCACCGUGGGUCUCGGAGAGGACCAGUCGACGAACCGAGGCACCGUGGGUCUCGGAGAGGACCAGUCGACGAGCCGAGGCACCUCGGGUCUCGGAGAGGACCAGUCGACGAACCGAGGCACCUCGGGUCUCGGAGAGGACCAGUCGACGAACCGAGGCACCGUGGGUCUCGGAGAGGACCAGUCGACGAACCGAGGCACCUCGGGUCUCGGAGAGGACCAGUCGACGAACCGAGGCACCUCGGGUCUCGGAGAGGACCAGUCGAAGAACCGAGGCACCUCGGGUCUCGGAGAGGACCAGUUGACUAACCGAGGCACCGUGGGUCUCGGAGAGGACCAGUCGACGAACCGAGGCACCUCGGGUCUCGGAGAGGACCAGUCGACGAACCGAGGCACCUCGGGUCUCGGAGAGGACCAGUCGACGAACCGAGGCACCUCGGGUCUCGGAGAGGACCAGUCGACGAACCGAGGCACCGCGGGUCUCGGAGAGGACCAGUCGACGAACCGAGGCACCGCGGGUCUCGGAGAGGACCAGUCGACAAACCGAGGCACCGUGGGUCUCGGGCAUGGGCAGUCAACAGCCACUCUCAGACAGGACCAGUUGAUAGACCUAGGAACCGUGGCUCUCCCCGUCCAAACUGACAGCACCUACAUCUCCUCCACUGUGAGUCGAGCAGGAGAGAGGACUUUACUGUCUGUGACCUCCAACAACACCUCCAUGUACUCUGAGGACUCCAACUCCUCCUCCCAGUCCCGGGCCUCCAACUGGGACCUCCCGACUGGCCGCACUGGAGCCGGGGCUGGGGCCGUCACCAUCAGGAUACCCUUCACAGGACCUGAGCAUGGGCAUGAUGCUACAUCUGGGUCUGACUCUUACCACCACACCAACUCCUCACAGGAGUGGUCUGGUGGUUUCGCCUCCAGAGGGACCAACCCACUGACUGGACCUCUCAAUGUGACCCAACAGGACCUCACCUCUCUGGUUUCCGAUGGAACCCCCAACUCCACCCCUCUGCUCAGGGUGGUUGAUAACCAUAGCAGACGGGACACAGACACAACAGACUCUAGUCAGCCCUCCAGAGGCAGGACAUCCCAGACAGAAGAGGGGUUAUCUGCUUCAUCACAGCCCCCUGUGCUGUCGUCAGAAGAAGGCCCCAGCCACCCCAACACCUCUCAGGGAGGAGAAACAGAUAGAGAUUCUCCCUCCAUCCUGGUCACUGGGUCUGAGACCUCCACCAAGUCCUCCACAUGUCCCCCUAGCACCCGGGGGGGGCAUGGUGAGACAGAGGGGGUCCCUUCGCUCCACACAGAGGACAAUACUAUCCUAGGCCUGGGUCUAACCACUGCUCCCCCAACACUACGAGACAGUGCCACUGCCCUGGAUGACUUCCUGUCUCGGUUCCUCGCCACCCAGCCUCCCUUCAUCCCCAAGACUCAGCGGCCGGCGGUGGCCACAGAGGUCCUGGUGUCCACCACACCUGUUACCGUGACAAUAAAGUCACAGGUCAUCGAGGAGGAGCCCUACAUUGUUACCAUGGCAACCAGCACCACACCGACCCCGCCUCUUGCUACGACGAGGAUGGUUCAGCCCAGUACCGCCACUUCCAUUGAGGCCCAGACUCAGCCCACCAUCAUCCCUACCACCACUACCACGGAGACUACCCUGGGUCUCCAGAGCUCUGCUUCCACCCCCCAGCCCCCGGGCACCACUCAGACUCAGACCCAAGGGCCCUCAACGGGGGUGAGCUCCACCGACGUCACCACCUUGCACCUGGAGACCAGCACGGCUCACAGCAUCACCACCACUGCAGCCUCCUACAGUUACAGCGUCCCCACCAGAAACACAGUGGAACUACACACAACAGGGAAACACACUGACAGGGGGACCACUGAGAUAGAGGUGACCACCGCUCCAAUGGACAUCAGAUCUACACCGCAGACACCAGGUAGUGCCUGUGAGCCCAGCCCCUGUCUGAAUGGAGGUGAGUGUCUACCCUAUGGAGUGACUGGGUUCACCUGUGACUGUCUGUCAUCAUGGACAGGACCUACCUGCAAUGAGGAUGUGGAUGAGUGUGAGAGUGGCCCCUGUCCCAGUGACUCUACGUGUGUUAACACCAGGGGCUCCUUCAGCUGUGAGUGUCCCCUGGGUCUGGACAUGGAGCACGGAAGAGACUGCACGCGAGCAAAAACCUUCCUGGGCACGUUCAGUUUCAACGUCCCCCUGCUCUCCAGGAGCGCCACACUGCGUGAGAUCCAGAGAGAGAUCAACCAGCUGCUGAAUGCCUCACUAUCAAUUCUGCGUGGUUACCGGCGCUCUUCUUUGAGUAAAAAGGGGGAGGACGGGGUUCGUAUCUCUGCUGUCAACAUGUUCUCCAUCUCUACUGAUGUGACCAGCUCUGAGGUCUACCACAUCAUACAGAUGUCUCUGAACAACUGUAACAGCACCGCUGGACACUGCCGAGUGGUGGUCACUCACCAACUUUCCUAUCAUGUUGAGAGUCUGUGUCUGGCCCAGAAUACCCAGUGUCACCCUGAGCAUUCUUUUUGUACCGACUCCAAUGGGACAGCCUUCUGCCAGUGUCAACCAGGGUACUUCAAACUCAAUCCUGAGGAUCAGUCCUGCAUAGAAUGUGGUGAUGGACUGAAACGGGUCAAUGGAACCUGUGUCAGGUGCACAUUUGGAUUUGGAGGAUUCAACUGUGGAAAUUUCUACAAGCUGAUAGCUGUGGUGGUAUCGCCAGCAGGGGGUGGCCUACUCCUUAUUCUCAUCAUCGCUCUCAUUGUCACCUGGUGCAAGAAAGACAAGAAUGACAUCAAUAAGAUUAUUUUCAAAAGCGGAGAUUUUCAGAUGUCGCCGUACGCUGAGUUCCCGAAGAGUAACCGUGUUUCUAUGGAGUGGGGGAGGGAAACCAUCGAGUUGCAGGAGAACGGUAGCACCAAGAACCUGCUGCAGAUGACAGACAUCUACUACUCUCCUGCUUUGCGUAACUCUGACCUGGAGCAUAACGGCCUCUACCCAUUCUCCAGCCUGCCGGGCUCCCGCCACUCCUGCAUCUACCCCGCUCAGUGGAACCCUUCCUUCAUCAGCGAUGACUCACAACGCCGGGACUACUUCUGACACCCAGCUACUCCACCUCUGCCUCCUAAUUUCCACUCCCAUCCACACAAGGUCCGCAUCUGCGCACCUCCUUGGAAAAAGGUCCUGCGGACGAGGAGAUUUGUCAGUGCGGAAAUGUGCACCAUUUCGUUCGGCAGACCUAGCAGACAGCUCAGAAGCGGAAGGUAUAAAUUAGGCUUUAGCCUGGUCCCAGAUCUAUUUGUGCUGUUGCAUACUCCAUCCAUUGCUGUCCUUGUCAAGCCAAACGUGGCAAUGAGUGAUAAGUAGUUGGCAUGGUAGCACAAACACACUGGCACACAGGCUACCUCUGCCUGGGUAGGGUUCAGUAAAAGGGCUGGCACUGGGGCUAGGUCUGAAGGUAAAUUUGCAUCCACUGCACUGGACUGUGGGUGGACUGAAGAUCGACUGCAUCAAAAACAUUUCACAGUGAUUUUGAUCAUAUGAUUUGAUUAUUUUUCAAAAGCAAUAAUCCAUAAAUUAUAAAAGUUCCCAUGAAUUCAUAAUGUGUGGAUAAAUGUCUGUUCCGCAAAGUGAGUGUGUUUGUGUGUGUGUGCGCGCGUAUGUAUGUGUGGACACCCAUUUGCCAACUGCUGUGAAUUGUAGAUUAACAUUAUCUUAUUUUAUUUCACUGAAAAUACAGGUUGAAAAGACAAAGCUGCCAAAUGUGUUUUGUGUGUGUCAAGUAUUGUUACAUUGUGAAGAUAUUUAACUGCAUAUGAGAUGGAAAACAUGUCAAAAAUGCUAUGUGUUUGUCAGAUGAGGAAUAGAUGCACCAAAGUGGUUUCAUAUGACAGAUUGAAUGAUGGUCAAGGUCUGCUGCAGUCUGUUGGUCUGAACAGUAGAACAGUUGUUAUUUAUUGAAUAUUUCAACUGUUAGAAAUGUAUGAAGACAUUUUCAACAUCUUGCAUUGUAAGAGAGACUCAUACCCCACCCUAUUCUAUAAGAAGUAACAUCUGAAGUUUGGACCACAAAAGGGUGUGUGUGAGUGAGAAUCUUGGAUGAAUUCAGAUCAAUCACCAUGCCAAGUUUCAGAUCUCGUUGAUUGUUUGCAUAAAGAUGUACUUUAAAAACAGCAGGCUUAAUUACAAAUAGAUGGAGUUUCCUUUUAUGUAUUUGUUGUCUUUCUAAUAUGAAUGGUCUCUUACCUCUGGCGUUUUAGUCAGACAUGUAUUUAAUAAUAAAUAAGAUAAA